AUGGCCCAGCAUGCCCACUCAAACUCAUUUUCCCCGGCACAGGCGCCCGAAUAUACCCGAGUACCGCCUUCUCCAGCGCAGUAUGAAUCUGCCGAUAUCAAUGGAAGCCCGCGUCCUGGAACGCCGGCUUCUCAGUACGGAGGAAGCCCCCGUCGGCCUCUUCCACCGGCCCCACUUUUCUCCACAGCUGGUGGGAAUGCUCGGACAUCUACUUUUGCCGACGAUGCGACUGUUUCCAUUGCUCUGGGUGAUGAAGGAGACAUGAGUGAAAUCACCGGCGUCAGCUCAGCUUACACUAGGCAUAGCCAAUCACACCGGCCACGCGGUAGCAACGCCUCAUACCGGUACGAGGCUGCGAGCAACAUGGACGAUGAAGGUGAUGAUGAUGACGUGUUCCGACCACACUCCGAGGUGUCUGGUGCCAGUCGCAGCCGCCAGACAAUGUACGGCAACAACUUCUCCCAAGUCACGCUGAACGAUCCUGAAGCGGGUGGCGAUGACGAAGAUGGAGGAAAAGAUAUCGGCGAUAUGUACGCACACAAGAACGGUGUGGAUGACGACGGCGAUGCCGACAGCGACGUGAACUACAGAAAUGAAAAAGUUGAGCACUACGGUCCCGCGCCCGAGGGUCGGCAGGAGCGUCGCGGUGUUCGGGAACCUCACAUGAGCAAGAAAGCCGUCCAGCUUAUUAAUGGUAAGCUGGUCCUUGAAUGCAAGAUCCCGACUAUCCUCUUCAGCUUUUUGCCCCGGAGAGACGAGAUCGAGUUCACGCACAUGCGGUACACGGCCGUGACCUGCGAUCCGGACGAUUUCGUUGAGCGCGGAUAUAAACUCCGUCAGAGCAUCGGUCGUACAGCUCGCGAGACGGAACUUUUUAUCUGCAUUACGAUGUACAACGAGAACGCCUACGACUUCACUCGGACGAUGCACGCUGUCAUGAAAAACAUUGCUCACUUCUGUGGCCGCAACAAGUCUCGCACAUGGGGCGAGAACGGCUGGCAGAAGAUCGUGGUAUGCAUCGUCUCCGAUGGUCGUGAGAAGAUCCACCCGCGCACGCUUGAUGCUCUUGCAGCUAUGGGCAUCUACCAGCACGGCAUCGCCAAGAACUUUGUCAACCAAAAGGCAGUCCAGGCCCACGUUUACGAGUAUACGACACAGGUGUCUCUGGACUCUGACCUCAAAUUCAAGGGUGCUGAAAAGGGCAUUGUUCCGUGCCAGAUGAUCUUCUGUCUCAAGGAGCGUAACCAGCGGAAGCUCAACUCCCAUCGUUGGUUCUUCAACGCAUUUGGCCGCUCGCUCAACCCCAACGUCUGCAUCCUCCUGGAUGUUGGUACUCGGCCCGGCAACAACUCCCUCUACCACCUGUGGAAGGCCUUUGACACGGAUUCCAACGUCGCUGGCGCUUGUGGUGAAAUCAAGGCCAUGAAGGGCCGCUUUGGAGGAAACCUUCUCAAUCCGCUGGUGGCAUCGCAAAACUUCGAGUACAAGAUGAGCAACAUCCUGGACAAGCCACUGGAGAGUGUCUUCGGCUACAUCACAGUGCUUCCAGGUGCUCUGAGUGCGUACCGCUACCACGCCCUGCAAAACGACGAGACCGGCCACGGCCCCCUCAGCCAAUACUUCAAGGGAGAAACCCUCCACGGCCAACAUGCUGACGUGUUCACUGCAAACAUGUACUUGGCCGAAGACCGCAUUCUCUGCUGGGAGCUUGUAGCGAAACGUGGCGAGCGCUGGGUCCUGAAGUAUGUCAAGAGCUGUACUGGCGAGACUGAUGUUCCUGAUAGUGUACCGGAAUUCAUCUCGCAGCGGCGACGGUGGCUGAAUGGUGCCUUCUUUGCGGCUGUGUACUCACUUGUGCACUUCAAGCAGCUGUGGUCAACGGAUCACACGAUUCCCCGCAAGAUUCUGCUGCACAUAGAGUUCUUGUACCAGCUUCUCCAACUGCUGUUCACGUACUUUUCCCUGGCCAACUUCUACCUCACAUUCUAUUUCGUCGCCGGUGGUCUAGCCGACCCGACUGUGGACCCCUUUGGUCACAAUAUUGGAUUGUACAUCUUCACGGUUCUCCGGUAUACUUGCACCCUCUUGAUCGCUACCCAGUUUAUUUUGUCUCUGGGUAAUCGUCCCCAGGGUGCCAAGAAGCUGUACAUGACCAGCAUGAUUGUGUACGGCAUCAUCAUGGUCUACACGACGUUUGCGACGCUCUACAUUGUGAUUCGGCAACUGCGCGACUCUAGCACCGUCCUAAAAAUCGGCAACAACGUAUUCACCAACCUCAUUGUUUCUACGGCAUCGACAGUCGGACUGUACUUCUUCAUGUCCUUCCUGUAUCUCGACCCCUGGCACAUGUUCACGUCGUCUGCACAGUACUUUACGCUUCUGCCCAGCUAUAUUUGCACACUCCAAGUGUACGCAUUCUGCAACACCCACGAUGUUACCUGGGGUACAAAGGGCGACAACGUGCUCAAGACCGACUUGGGUGGCGCUGUGGGAAAGGGUAGCACAGUUGAGCUGGAGAUGCCGUCCGAGCAGCUGGACAUUGACAGCGGCUAUGACGAGGCCCUGCGGAAUCUGCGCGACCGUGUUGAAGUCCCCCCGGCCCCCGUCUCCGAGGCGCAGAUGCAGGAAGACUACUACAAGAGCGUGCGGACGUACAUGGUCGUGACAUGGAUGAUUGCCAACGGCAUCCUGGCCAUGGCCGUGUCUGAGGCGUACGGCUCCAGUGGUAUCGGCAACAACUUCUACCUGCGCUUCAUUCUUUGGUCUGUAGCGAGUCUGGCACUGUUCCGUGCGAUUGGCUCGACCACUUUUGCUGUCAUCAACGCGAUCAAUGUCAUUAUCGAGGGUCGCAUUCGUUUGUCGCUCAAAGUGCCUGAGUGGAUUGGUGGCUUCGGCUCAAAGAUGAGCGAGACGAUGAGCAGCAUUGGUAGCAGCGUGCGGAGAUGA